AUGGCCCAUGCCAGCCAGGCUGGUGGAGCUGAGAAAAAUGGGUCACCUUCCUCCAUCCUCUACUGUAAGAGUGAUCUGAAGGAAGGAUCCCUGCAGUGGGUGAAAGAACCCCUCAAUGGCCAGGUGCUCAUGGUGCUCAGCACAGACAACAACUGCUCAGCCACCUCCUUUGACAUGGAGCUUUGUGCAGAGAAACUGAAGUCCCUUGGGAUUCAGGUGGCAGGGGCUGAGUGGAGGAGGUUGCUCCAGGAUGCUGUCCUGAAGCCUGAGGUGAGGAGGUACAUGUUCUACAACUCCAGGGCCUUCCAGAUCGCCAUCGCCGUGGUUUUCUACGUGUCUCUCUGGACAAACAUUUACUCCACAGUCCAGCUGUGCUCCUUCGGGCGCUCCUGGGAGGCCAGUGUGCUGGUGACCCUGGCUGCUGUCACACUCACCCUGGCUGUGAUCCUGGUCAUGGACCGGCGCCAGAGGAAGAUAAAUAUGAAUACAGAUGUGAGGCUGGCAGCUGUCAAUGAAAUCUUCCUCAAACACAGUUUAAUACUAGGGAUUACAGAUGCCCUGGAUGGGUCACACAACAUCCUACAACUGUGGUUCGUGCACUUCAGCCCAGAGAGCUGCCUCCAGUCCCUGUCAGCCCACAUCAGGGACCUGCAGAGGACACGAGAGCCGAGCCUGCAGCACAGCCUGGACCAGCUCUGCGUGGUGAUGGAGGCUGUGGUUCAGCCCGAGCGGGGCACAGAGGAGGAGGCUUCCCAUGAAGAGUCCCCUCUUUUAUCCAGUGGAGUGAACCUAAAUAAAAAGCCUGUGACCUGCAACGAGCUGCUCCACCUCGUUCCUGAGGGCCCACCAGAGGUGAUGGCCCAGCAGCUCCUGGUGAUCUUCAGCGGGUGCUACGUCCGGCUGCUGGUCACUGGGCAGCUCCCUCGGGCCCUGGCAGGGGGGCACCUGGAGCACAGCCCCCUGCCUUGUCUCUGCCAGUUCAUCCAGACCACCGCCCUCAAAACGCCCCGGAGCUGGUUCAUGGGCCGGGGACCACAGGGGGCUGGAAGGGCCCAAAAGUGCCAGGGUGGCAAUUCUUUUUCCUGCCAGAUGGAGAAUUCUG